AAACGCUUAGGUAGCAGGCAGCGUUGAAAAGGUCCCACCUAGCUGAGUGCAGAGUCAUCGAUUGGGGACCUCAAACACAUUGGAGGUUCACAAUGGUGUUGCGGCGGCUCUUGUAUGCCUUGAUAAAUAACGCCCAAUUGGUGGAGAAACUCGCGGAGUCUCGACCCAUCAGACGCGCGGCACAGAUCAUGACCUUCGCUAUCACUAAAGCACAGAUCGCCGGGAAAGACGCGUCAACCAAGAUGCUCAGAUCAGAGACCUUCCGCCAGAUACGCGAGGAGACGUCAAAGAUGCCCAGGGACGCGCAGGAGUUGGGUCGGAGAGCUACAAGACUACGGGACACGUUUGUGAAGGAGGUGAAAGAGGGGGUGAGAGAUGCCAGCAGAGGGAUAAAAGACAAAAAGUGAUGAGUGAAUUGAGUGGCUGAGAUGAGAGACUUGGCAUUUGUGUCACGACAUCGCCAUUUAAGACUGCUGAAUGUUUUCGUGUCAGUUGCAUCAACAGACUGCUGUUAAAUGGCCCUUAAUAGACUUAUUUAAAUUAAUAAUACUGUAAAAACUGUAAAGCUGUUGGAAAAUGUAUUAUAUGACCGUGGAAGUGCCAUGUCGUUGGUAAAAUAAACUAUAAUAGGUUGUGAUGAAUUGGGA